AUGGCGACGGGGGCAGGCUGGCAGCCUGCGUACAGCACCGCGACCACCAGCACCAAGUACACCCCAUCCCCGACCUCCACUAUGUUCUUCGAUGGGAGUGUGACGCUGGAAUACACUCAGGACCUGCACCUGAAGAUGAGCAAGAAGAUAGCACAACUGACCAAGGUCAUUUACGCUCUCAACACCAAGAAUGACGAACACGAGGAGGAAAUCGAGUCUCUGAAAGAAGCCCACGAGGACGAGGUCCAACACAUUGUGACAGAAACCAGAGACAAGAUCAUGCAGUACAAGAGCAAAAUGGCGGACGAGGCGGACCUGAGGCGGCGGCUGGCCAGUCUGGAAGAAUCUGUGGAGCUCCACGAACACAUGAAGAGACAGGCUUUAGCAGAGUUUGAGAUGUACAGACAGAGAAUGGAGGACUCCCAGCUCUGCACCGAGGCCCAGCACACGCAGAGAGUGGUCUCUAUGAGCCGAGAGGUGGAGGAGAUGCGUCGGGAUUUUGAGGAGAAGCUGCGGGCGUUCAGCCAGGCACAGGCCCAGUUUGAGGCGGAGAAGCGGCGAGCGCUGGAGGAGCUGAGGGCCAGCCACCGGCAGGAGGUGGAGGAACUCCUCAACAACCAGCAGAACCAGAGCGCCUCCUCCACCGAAGACCAGGAGAAACUGGCCGAGCUCCAUAGACAAGAGGUGGAGGCCUUGAUGGAGCGGGUGGAGGAGCUAUCAAAGGAUAAGGUCCGCCUGGUGGAGGACUACGAGGCUAAGCUGGCCAAGGCUCAGGAGUGCUACGAGAGGGAGCUGGAGGCCAUGAGGAGAACACACCAGCUCACCACCGAGAACCUGCUGGCCUGGAAGAGGACCGAGGUUGAGCUGCGUAAGGAGUUCCAGGCUCAGGAAGCAGCGCUGCAGCGCUCGCUGUCCAAGCUGAGGAGCGAGCUGCAGAAAGCACAGGAGGAGGCCCGAGAGAACCGGGACAAGACCAACAGACUGCAGACGUCGCUGGCCAACGCAGAGGGAACUAUCAAGAACCUGCACAAGCAGCUGGAAGAAGCCAUCCAGGACGGAGAGAUCUGGGUGAUGCAGCUGAAGGACACCGAGUACGAACUGGAGGGCAGCAGAGAACGAGUCCAGCAGCAGGCAACUGAGAUCCUCCAUAAAGCCAGUCAGAUCGGCUCCUUGCAGGCCACCCAGAUGUCACAUGAGGCGACCAUCCGGAACCUGGACCAGGAGCAGAACCGGCUGAAGGAGAAGAUCAGCAGGCUGGAGGAGGAGAGGGAGGCGCUGCUCAACCAGAGCCAGGUGGCCAACGAGCAGCACAAACAGCAAGUGCUCAAACUAGAACAGUCACUGCGCGAGGAGCACCAGGGUUACGAGAAGGAGCUCUCCAGGCUCAGAGGUCACUAUGAGGAGGAGAUGCUUCGCUUCAGGGAGGCGCAGGUCAGGGCGCUGGAGGAGAUGGAGGAGAAGCACCAGGUCAUGACGGAGGAGGCCCAGCAGGAGAAGCAGGAGGAGAAGAAACUCCUCAUGACAAAAAUGAGUCAGGAGUUUGAGAUUAAGCGACUGUCGUUGGAGGAGCAGCGCGACCGCCUUCAGCAGCAGCUCGACAACUUGAAAGAGGAGCUCUCGGCCAAGCUUAACAUGGCCAACCAGGAGGUGUCCCAUCUCCAGGAACUGGUGAGGGAGGGGGAGCAGAACCUGAGCUCAGCUCAGACACAGAUCAGCUGUCUGAGGGAAACUCAGGAGAAACUCAAGAUCGAACUGGAUGCAACAAGAUCCAGAGUCCGAGAGACCAGCAACCUGCUCACAGACCUGCAGGAGGAGAUAGAGACGCAGAGACAGCAGCAUGAAGCCAGAGUGAUGUCCAUCAGGACAGAGGAGAAGCAGAAGAUGGACAAGAUGGCCGACGACCUGGACCAGAAGUGGAGGGAUGCACUGCGGGAGGAGGUGCGUCUGCUGAAGGAGGAGCUGAGCGAGGACUACGAAGCGGACAAACAGGCGGCGCUGACUCAGGUCUCGCAGCAGAAGGAACUGGAGAUGAUGGCAGCGAGGGAGGGCUGGCAGAGGAAGGUGGAGGACCUGCUGGAACAGAUCUCUCUAUUGAAGCAGUCCCUGGAGCUGCAGCUGUCUCAGUCCCAGUCGGCCCUGCAGCAGCUGCAGUCUCAGUUCAACCAGGAGAGGGAGCUACUGAGCCAACAGCUCAAAGAGAUGCAGAGGGAACAUCAGAGGAGAGAGCAUCGUCUCCAGGAGGCUCACUGCUGUGCCCUGAGCACCAUGGAGGAGGCCAGACAACACCAGAUCAGGGCCCUGGAGGAGCGUCUGAAGCAGGAGCAGAGGGAGGAGGUUCAUGCCCUGAAGGAGGCCCACAGGAGGACCUUAGACAUCCUGAGGCAGCAGUCGGACCAGGAGCUGCAGACACUUCGCUUUGAACUGGAGGAUGAGGGCAAAGCUAAGCUGGCAUCUCUCCGUGCAGAGCUGAAUCACCUCCAUGCUACAGCCAUAGAGCAUCUGAAGCAGAUCCACCUCAAAGAAAACUCUGCCGCCAAAAGAGAACUGGAGAACGCGAUGGAGCACAGCCACAAGCAGGAACAAGAGCUCCUGGCUCGUAUCUCAGAGCUGCAAGCGGAGCUGUGUUCCCGUAGCAACCGCAUCACCGACCUGGACCAUGAGAUCCACUCCCUGAACGAGACCAUCGACACACUGACCAGAGAACUGGAGCACAAGGGGAAAGAGGUGCUGCGGGUGCGCAGUGAAGCGAACCAUCAGAUAAGGGCCCACGAACAAGACCUUUCAAAGAGACACGAGAGGGACCUGGGGGAGCUGACUGUGGUCCAUCACAGAGAAACACAAAUCAUGCUGGCUGACUUCAACAAGGCCCAGGAGGUCCUCAAAGACAAGAUCUCUGCUCUACAAAUAUUGUUGGAGGGGACAGAGGAAAAGUUAAGAAACCGAGAAAGCCGACCAGAGGACCUGCAUAUCAUCGCAGAGCUCAGAGAGAUGGUGACCGAGAGGGAAGCGCUCGUCAAGAAGCUGGUUGAUGACAAGAAGUUCUACCAGUUGGAGCUGGUCAACAGAGAGACGGGCUUCAACAAGGUCUUCAAUUCCAGUGCCAACGUCGGUGUAAUCAACCCUCUUAUCAAGCAUCCUCCUCCUCCUUCUCCUCAUCCUCCACGUCAUCCCAUGCCAAGCCUUGCUCUUCCUCAUGCUCCUCAUCCUCAGGAAGCCCUGGUGCAGCAUCAGGGCCUGCAGAGCUUUAGGAGACAGUGUAUACUGAGCGCAGGGCAGAGAGGGGGUGCUAUCUCACCACUGCACAUGAAGAGGAACUUCUUCCACCUUCAGAGACCAACAUGGCCGAACAGCUUUUGGCUCAUCAUCUUAUGAAGUGACUGACAGCAGGACGGCAGAGUGUGGCAGCUGUUCGAGGUGAAAUAUGUGCAGUAACUCCCCAUGACCUGAUGAUAAUGGAUGGGUCGCUGUGGUUGGACACAUCCUCCAUGACGCUUCACGGCAGACCUAGCUGCGGUCUGGCCUCCAAUCAAACAUGAUGGCCGGAUCACUAUUGUCUUCAUCAUCCGGACAGCCUGAUACACACUUGGCACCAUGUGGUGCUUCUGAACAGCUGAUGGCACCUCUAAAUAUACAGUUUGGCCAUGAACGCGCCAGUGUAGAGCCUGGGCUCUGAUCCCCGAUGUCGAAGUGGCAAUGACAAAAUCAUUUCCAAAAUAAUGUUGUUAUUUCAGCGCUAACAGAGUAUCAAAACAUAUUCUGGGGCCUAACAACUAAAUCUGGAUCUUUGGCAACGUCUGUGUGUGUGUGUGUGUGUGUGUGUGUGUGUGUGUGUGUGCGUGUGUUUGGAUGUGUGUGAAGUCCUGGACAGCAUCCUCCACUUGGGAGAAAUCAAAAGCGACAAGAUGUAAAAAAAAAAAAAAAUCUCCGGAAAAUGUAAAAAUAACCCCCCUGCCGUGGCCCAGAAAGCAUUGCAUCUGCCUUAUAAGGAGAGCGUGCAAGUAAACAGGCUGUCAGUCACGUACUGGGCAGUCAGCUCGUUGUUCGGGAUGCUGACUGCCUGACUGUGGACACCCGUCUCUGACGGGCUGAGCACGCGGACGAGCAGAUGUUUCCCUUCGCUCUCAUUCAUGACGACUGCGUUUCCUCUGAAGAUGCAGCGUCGAUCCACCUGGACGGCUGCUGCUAACAUAACUAAUAGUAAAGGAGUGACAAGUUAAAAGUUAUGUGCAACACAUAAACACACCAGGAAGAUGAAACCAAAAGUCAAAGUUCAGCUCUGCAGCCUUACAUGGUGAAAUGGCACACUGCUCUGACCUAAGACGAGAAAGAGAGGAGCAACCCGCCUGAUAGAGAACAGCAGGGCAGGCCAGAGAAAACUGCCGCCGGCCGGAGGAGAAAGAUUCAUC